GCGUACCGCAGCGGCCGCCGCCUGCAGCUGCUGCAGAUGCUGGUGCUGCCGUUCGUGCCGGUGCUCGCGCUCAUCGUGCAGACCUCGCUCAGCCUGCGCGACACGCUCGUCGACCGCCAGGAGGUCGGCGACAUAGAGGCGCAGGUGACAAUAGCCACGGACCUGGGCAAACUGGUGACCAGAAUACAGCAGGAGCGCUCAGAAGUGGCCUUCUACAUCUUCACCAACGGCAGCACACUCAGGUCCAACCUGACGCAGCGCUUCCUGGUGACGGAUGAGGCGCUUGCAACCAUGGACUCGUGGCCCACAGUCUCGUUGCCGGGCUUUGAGGGGGAGCUCAACAAGUCCUCCUUCAUCAACAGACUCAUAGAGUUCAGGCGUAAGACCUACUCAGACGAGAGCACGCUGCCCGAGGUGCUGCACUGGUACACGUCUGUGAACGCCGCCAUGUUGGAGCACCUCACCAACCAGAUCAAGGAGACGGACAGCAGUGGUGUCUGGAGGUAUCUGAUAGCAUUCAAGAACCUGCUGCGCAGCAUAGAGAACAUGGGCAUCGCCAUGGUGUACGGUAUUAACUACUACGGCCGUGGGCCGCUGGUCGGCAACAACUACAUCGAGUACGUGCGGCACGAGGCGAUCGGCAACGACCUGCUGCACUCUUCCUUCAACUACGUGCCUUCCAUAGGCAAAAAGUACGACCAGCUCACCGCCCAAAUGGAGGACUACAGCGGUAUUCAAAAGAGGAAGAAAGAAAUCUUUGGUAAUAAAAAGCGACAACAGAGUGUGGACGAAGCCAUAGAAUACUUCGACAAUAUGGCCUCCUAUGUGGACGAACUGCGGAAGUUGCAGAGAGAGCUCAGAGUGAUGAUCAGGCAAUAUGUGGGGAUGAGCAUUUCGGACGCCAACCGCAAGGAGGCAUACGGCAUCGCGCUGCUGGUGCUGGUACUCAUGGUCUCCCCCGUCAUCAUCGUGCUCGUGCGCAACGCCGUCGCCACUAUACAGAUGUACUCGACACACCUGGCGCAGAAGGCGCGCGAACUGAAGCGCGAGAAGCGGAUCAGCGACAUGCUGCUGUGCCAGAUGCUGCCGCCCAGCGUCGCCCAGCAGCUCAAGAGGACCCGACAGGUUCCGGCAGAAUUUUACGCAGCGGUGACUGUGUACUUCAGUGACAUCGUGGGCUUCACUGAGAUAGCAGCCAUUAGCAGCCCUCUUGAGGUAGUCACUUUUCUGAACUCCAUCUACAAGCUGUUCGACGCUCGCAUAGAGUGCUACGAUGUGUACAAGGUCGAGACCAUCGGUGAUUCUUACAUGGUGGCAUCUGGGCUACCCGUCAAGAAUGGCGACAAGCACGUGACCGAGGUGGCGACGAUGGCGCUGGACCUGCUGGCGGCCGCAGCACUCUUCCCCGUGCCGCACCGGCCCGGAGAGACACUGCAGAUCCGCUGCGGCGCCCACACGGGGCCCGUCGUCGCCGGCAUCGUCGGCUCCAAGAUGCCGCGCUACUGCCUCUUCGGCGACACCGUCAACACCGCCUCGCGCAUGGAGUCCACCGGCGAAGCAAUGAGAAUCCACAUCAGUCUUGAAAUGAAGCAGGCCCUGGAUGCUGUUGGAGGUUUCCGCACAGAGCACAGAGGACUUGUCGAUGUCAAGGGCAAAGGUUUGCUCGACACUUAUUGGCUGACGUGCAAAGAAGGAGGCAUCUCUCGAUCAGCACAUCUCAGCACAUAUCUUACAGAUACACAGCCAGUGUUCAUGAGACGUCUCAGAGAUGACACUUAUAUUUGAUGGAUUAUGGAAAGAACUGCCAGUAAUUUUAAUAUUACUAUGAUGAACCAUUAUGAAACUGUAAACAGUUUAAAUCCAAAGGUUUGGCAUGUCUUAUAGAGAAAUCAUGAAACAAUUACUUUUCCUGCCAAUCCUUUCUUACAACAUAUGUUUUGUGUAAGAAAGAGCAUAUCUACCAUUUUAACAAUGUCAUUGUACCUGAGUAAAAUUGUUAUUGUUUCAUUUCAUAUUGUAAUUAUAAGAGUUAACAGUUUUUUUUAAAAAAAAAGCAAAGAAUAUGUGGUUGAGGAAAAUUUCUUAGUUCAAGAGCUUCACUGUAUUAUAUCGAUCAUAACUUCUCAAGAAAUAUCGUUUUUUAUUAUUGACAAAUGCUGUAGACCAAGGACAACAUUGUGAAGUCUAUUGCACAUGCUGGUCUUGUGUUGUGUUUUGUUCUUUCAAUGAAUUGUUCCUCUCGAUUAAUGUUAUCACUCAUACAUCUAAAAAUGGAAACAAUAUAUGGACACACUGGCUUUAAAAUGUGUGUUACUAUAUGAGACGCUGGAACACUAAUUUAAUAUUUCACAGGUGUGUUUGAUUCCUUUAGUCACAUGCAUUUACCAGAUUUCAAAAGUAGGUAGUAAAACUAUCAACUUCUUUCCCAUUACAACUUAACAACAUUAUCCAAAGUACUGUCUCCUUGCAAUAAUCACAAAUUCCUCUUCAUAUGACAAUUCACAGAUUCCCCCCAGAUCAUGUGUGGCAUGUGUUUCCAUACUGCAGAAGGCUGUGACAUUUACCUUUCAGAACUUUGGUUCUAGGGCUAUUCAGUAAGUUCACAUACUCUAUCUCCUUCCAAUUUUGUAACGAAUUACUAAAUAACACCAACAGCUCUCUCCACGAUAAGAUUUAUAAGUAGCAUAUUUAGCUGCAGACUUCACAUACUAAAAUUGGAUAAACAUGUUACUGUCCUUUAAAUUUCGUAUCUUUCAUUUCCAGGAUUGCUAUGUUUUUAUUUUUAAUUAAUGUUUCAAUGAUGCCAAGGCACAUCAAGUUCCUUAACUUUCACUCACAUUCCUAAUUAUUGCCAAUAAGUUGGAAGCAGAAUUCAUAUUGUGCUGUAUGCUAGAGUGCAAGGAAAUAAAAAUUCAAGGAAUCAGGAACAAUACACUCACAAAACAAAACUUUCAAAUCAUGCUUUUUAUCCAACAAAUAUCAUCAGCAAGCAAAAAAAUUCUUAACAACUACAUGUGACAUGGCACAUUUCUCACACUUAUUACUUCAAAUCAUUCUGGAAACUCUCACUAGGUGGUGCAGUAAAGUGCUGCAUUUUAAUGCACUCUGAUUCAUACUGAUUGAACUGCUCCCCGAAUUAUGGAAUCAUAUUCUGUGUGACUUAAAAAUAAAUGACAAGAAGACAUAAAACAUAGACAAAUGGAAGAAACCAAAACAAGACACAAAGAAAAUACAUUCAAAUAUUGACAAACUAGCGAACAAUGCAUGACAAAAACAGACUAAAAUAAAAGAUUAUAGUUCCUUUAUAGGAAGCAUGACUGAUUCACUGCAGAAAAGGCUGUUGGGAUCCAGUAUGUACAACAGGAGCUUUGUUGAGCUGAAGAGGUAAUUAACAGCAUUAAUAUUGGGAAAAAAUGUUCACAACUGCCUUAUUUGUUCAUCAUAUACAGAAGUUUUAUGAUGAUCAUGGACAAACACAAUAAACAAUGCAAUACGAAAAAUAGAAGUUUAUGCCACACAAGAUGACAGCACAGAAAAUGGUCAAAUAAAGCAGAACCUCAACAUAAACCCAUGUGCCGUUUUUUAUGUGCACUCUAGAGCAUAUGAACUGUGAAGGGAGGGAACAUGCAUGUCAUACACAUAAUUGCUCAAGAAAACGUUACAGCUUUAAAAACUUAUGUGAUAUAUUUGACAACUUUUAUUUCUGAGUCCAGUGUGAAUUCAAUGCUUCCUUUACAUGGUGAAUGGUUGUCUUUCACCUUAU